AUGUCGCUUUUCCCUUUUCCCUCUAUCUCUCUUUUUCUCUCUUCUUCUCUCUUUUUAUCUAUUUGUCCUUCUCUCUCUUCCUUGCUCUACAGUUCGGUUUUCAAACCCGGCUCACUGCAACAGGGAUGUACACUUUUUUCCUCUCUUUGGUUUUCUUCUUUCUUUCCUUCUUCUUCUUUACACAAUUCAGCUUAUAACAGAGGUAUAACCUUUCUUCUCUGGUUUUCCCUUUUCUUUCUUUACACAACUCAACUUGUAACAGAGGUAUAUACUUUCUUCCUCUCUGGAUAUCCGUUUUCUUUUCUUUACACAAUUCAACUUUAUGCAUUUGACUACGAUAUAUAUAUUUGUUUCGAUCUCUCUCUCUCUCUUUCUCUCUCUCUCUUUAGCUAUCUAUCUAUAUAUUUAUCUAUCUAUCUUAGUCUGUUCCCUUCUAUCUAUCUAUCUAUCUAUCUAUCUAUCUAUCUACUUGGCUCAGGCGCCAUGUCUUUUGGUAAGGUAUAUCGUAAUAUGUAUUCACUGGGCCCCUAUCUCACUGCACUCCCAUCUAGAAAUUUCUAA